AUGGGGAAUGAAAAGAACUCCGAGUCUUCCUCAUCCAUGCCUAAUCUUACCUGGGGAACAAAUGAAAAAUGGCUGAAAUGGCAUGUUUUGGAACUAGGCUCUGGUCCAGGACCAAUAUCAGAAUCUGUAAGGAUUCAUGAUGUGUUCUUAAGUUUCAGGGGAGUGGAUACUCGUUCUACGUUCGUUUCACAUCUAUAUACAGCUCUUCGAAAUGCUGGAAUUAAAGUUUUUCAAGACGAUAGUGGGCUUCAAAGAGGAGAUUACAUUUCAACAUCAUUAUUCCGUGCAAUUGAAGAGUCUCAAAUUUCUUUAAUUGUUUUCUCAAAAAACUAUGCCAAUUCAAAAUGGUGUUUGGAUGAAUUGGAAAAAAUAAUGAAGUGUUACAGAACCAUAGGACAAAAGGUUGUGUCUGUGUUCUACCAUUUAGAACCAUCUGAAGUGCGCCAUCAGACAGGAGAGUUUGGAAUAUCUUUUCGUAGUCUUUUGUAUGAACUGCUUCCGCAGACAAGUAUGUUUCGAAGCUAUAAUAUAAGAUUUUUGACCACUAAAAUUUGGAACAAGAAGAAAUUUACGCAAGAUUGGAAAGAGGCUCUUCGUCAGGAAGCUAGCAUUGCAGGGUUUGAAAUACUCAAGUCACGGUAAUUUCAUUCAAUAGUUACUUUUCAAAUAUUUCCAUCUUCAUUUUCUUCAACAAAAAAUAUAUAUCAAUCUUCAUUGCAAUUUUUUGAGGCAACAACAAUUUAUUUUCUCACACAUAUAUAGACAAAACGAGGGCUCAAAUUAGACGGACGGUAUGUUUCAACAAUGUUACAUCUAUCAGUAUAAGUUUUGUAUACAAUAUUUUCUAAAUUUAAUUGUUGGAUAUCAACAAAGUUUUAAAUAAUAAGUGCGGUCACGUUAAGGAUUUAAGGAUUUCGGGGAUUUCAACU